AUGCUUCUGAUGGCCAGCUUGAGGAGGGACAUAAGUUUAAGCGCAGCGCCCGCUAGAAGAGGUGACGAUCGACGCCAUGUGUUCAAAAAGGCAGCAACAACCGUGCUGCUUUUGACUACUGCCGCAAGCACGUCCCCCACCCUUUCUGCCCCGUAUGACCAAGUAGAAGUGAGCGACCCCAUUUUCCCUAAUAUCACGGAGCCAGCUGUAACGUCUGUCUGUUUUCUAGAAUUUGCUUCAGAAAAGACCAAUUUCGGCAGGAUUGAGGUCUCCCUAUAUGGAAAAGUGUGCCCACAGACCGCAGCAAAUUUCGAAGCCCUGUGCCGGGACGGUUACAAGGGCAGCAACGUUUAUCGCGUCCUCAAGGACUUUUCCAUACAGAUGGGCGAUAUCGGUAGUAAAAAACGAGGGGCAACAGGACGCUCUUCCUUGAAAGGCGGCACCCCGUUGCCUAAGGAAACGUUGCGGGUGCAGCACUCGUUGGAGGGAAUGCUCUCCAUGGUGAACGAUAAAUCAGGCACGGUCGACUCGCGAUUCUUCAUCAAUAUGGGGAAGGACGGUUCCUGGGCAGAUGGGCGCUAUGUGGCUUUUGGAAGGGUGACGAAAGGCUUGGAGGUGCUGAAAGAAGUGGAGAAAGUGGAGGUGAAGCCCCCGAGUAAUGUGCCCACCCUACCCAUCAAGAUCACGGCGGCGGGCGUGCUCUAG